AUGGUCGUUGCUUUGUCAUCUGCCAAGCCGCAAUUUAAUCCACGGGGUUGUAUUUAUGUUAAUGGACACUGCCAACGUGGGUGCGAAGUAGGGACUCACGCGUAUGCACCGGGUUGCGGGCCUAAGACUCCCGAAGCGACUUGUGACGAACCGAAUCCUAAACCAGACAGAGGUAAAACUUACGGAGAGGUGCCACUAAAAUCUUAA